AGAGGUCACCCUAAACCAUGGCUGCACAGAAGAGUGCGAGCAGUGUGAACGGCGUCUUAGCCGUGAGUCACAUUCAAAAUUUCCCGAGUCGGACCGCACCCGUUGUUAAUGAUUGCAUUGCAUUACAGACCCUGGAGGAUGUCAUUCGCGCCGACACGGAGGCUACGGUUGGCGACCUGGACUUGCUCAGUAGGAUCAACCUUCAUGCCACCGAACGGUACAAAGCGAUUUCGGAUGCGGCUGUGGGGUUGGAAACGGAUAGUGAAUAUCUGGGGCAAAAAUGUACGCUCUCUCUCUCUCCCUCUCUCUCAUGCACUCACUACAUGUCUGGCUGUUAACUUGCCGCAGAUGCCGAGAUAGAGAAGUACAAACAGCAGGUGGAUAACCUGGAUGAGCGUGUCGGCGACCUGGAAGCCAUAGUUAAGGAGUUGGAGGAGUGGACCGGGGAGUUGGGUAUGCUUAGAUUAAUUCCCUCCUGCUUCCAUCCUCUAUGCUUAUGUGAUCACAUUUUAAUAUCCCGUGCAGAGAUCAAGGUGCGAAGGCUUUCGCGACGUAAUUAGCUCUGCGCAGGCUUUUCCGAAUCUUUUUCUUUCCUUCCUCUUUCCUCAGGAGAAGUGAAGCAGCGCACCUGCGGUAACAUCGGUUCAAGCUGCUAAUCGGGGUUCGGAGGCAUGGCAAUAACUGGGACGCUGUAGAAAACAUUUCGACAAAGCAUCGUGGCCUGUCGUGGGGUUGGGUGCCUCUCACCGGUGACAGUAAGGCAAACUUCUCCACAAAUCACACGGCCAGAUCUUGCAUAAGGCUAUAGAAAAUACUGUAUCAUGGCGAGAAUGCGGUAAUGCGCACGGUCGGGGCACGGAUCAAAGAUGCUCGUUCCGGUGAGGUGAUGUUUUCAGUAUCCCGCCUCGGCAUGGUAAUCUCUCUCUACGAGUUGAAGUUGCAGUAUGAUAUAUGUACGGUACUCGAGCAAUUAAUUUAACCUACGGUAUAU